AUGAGUACAACCUUCAGCUCUUCAUCUCGUGCAAGCUCAUUACCACCAUCACAACCUACGAGAGAGCUGAAGGAAACACCUACAAUGACAUGGACGACAGCGAUGUUCUCGUUUCCCCCUUGUGACUCCCACCCGCCCCGUGCAGUGAUUACCACUUCCAAAGAACAUCCCAAAUCCUGCGAGACAUGGGUUUCAUUCCCAUCGUCGGCCAACACAAGCCGAGUAAUUAACCAUGUGCCCGGCUUUGACGAUUUCGUAGAGCUCGUUACUUCAAAUCCCGAACGUAUUGCCCCUAAACACACCACGAACUUGAACAUGCAUUCGUUUCCUCGAAUCAGUACGACACGGCGCUUCCAGUCCCAUAGCUCUAAGCCCUUAAGACCAAACCCCGCUUGGCCAGUCUCCCAGGCACAGACGACUUCACUUGCCCGCUCUGGCUGUCAAAAGACGACAAUGAUACCGGCUGUGUCACCUUUGUGUUCGGCCGUUCAAAACCCUCCGUUGGGUAAUAGAUUGGUCCACCCUUCACCCCAACAAACCCGAUACCCAAACCCUCAACAGGCGCUUUGUAAUCGCCCCCCGCCCCCCAAUAACAACUAUGGCACGCUAUGA